AUGCCCCGUUGCAGUGAUGCCCAGCAACCCGCUCUUUGCUCCACGCUGACAGAUCGUGGUGAACAUUCACUGAGCGUUGCCGCCAGGUACGAUCAAGUGGAAGCCACUCGAUACAUCCUUGCGCACAAAAUCCAGACCAGUCAAAUCCUGGACGCCUGCGAUAUCGGUUUACGCUGCGACGGCUUCUCGGCCCUGGAAGUCCUUUAUUCGCACCUUUUACCAAUGGACAAAACUUUCCGGUCUCAGUGUCUCCAAACCGCUUGUCGCUCAGAGACGCCUGUAGGUCUGCGGUAUUUGCUAGAAAACCAUGGAGUUGAUGCGAACCAUGUUAUUGAAGGGAACUCCUGCGCUGUCCAUAUGCUUGCGAGACUAAAUAAACCCCACCACAUUGCCACUUUGAUUGAACGCGGGGCAAAUGUCACACUCAAGGAUGCCACGGGCCAAACUGCAUUUGAGAUUGCUCUCAGCCACGGCCACGUCGGCGUGGUCGACAUCCUCGUUACCCACGCUCAAUUUCCCACUCCCAGAACUCGUGCACAAAAGGAAGAGAUCGUUCGCGAUUGCUUGAGGCGCUUGCGGCCCCUAAGAAGAGAAGCCAUUCGACGACGAGGAAAUGCUGUCCACGAAGUGGAAGCAGUGUUAGCUUCUACAGGUGACGAUGCCCUGCGACGCCUCCGAGACACUCUACUUGGAUGGAAGCAAAUCGAAACAGAAUGGCGGGAAAAGGAUAAAAAAAAUUGA